AUGGCUGCUAGCGCCAAGCCCCUAAAGGUCGCCCGCAAAGCCGCCGCCGCCCCCCCUACCCCACCAAAACGCAAGAAAUUCGCCGAGGACUCCGGUCUAUCCCACCUCCUCUCCCUCACUGAAUCCAUUGUCUCAGCCAAAACAGAGUCCCAAACGAAACAAAUCCAACAGAAAAAAUCACAAGUGGCAGCGAUCCAGCAAAAGAAACGUGAGGAUGCGCAAAGACGCAAGGAAAAGUCUACGUUACAACCUGGUGCGAAGGGAGGAGGGGCCUUAGCGGGGAAGGUGAAGAGCAAAGCAGAGAUCAAAAUGGAAUUGAAGAAGGCUUUGCGCGGCAAGGCGAAGGCGCGCAAGGAGGCCAGAAGAGCAAGGGAGAACAUGGUAGAUGGCGCUGUGCAGGCAGAGACAGUAGGCGAGAAAGGCAAGGGGCAGGGGCAGAAGGGAGCAAGGAAGAGUGUUUCUUUUGCUUUCCACUAG